CAUUGCAGUGCGCGAGCGCGCAGCGAGUGAACCCGGGAUAUCAUUCCGGCUGCAAGAUGCAGUAUUCCGUUUUUCCGGACCUGGUGCUGCGCAUCAUCUUUGACUACCUCGGAUGGGUAGAGCUGAAGGCGGCUUCGCUGGUCUGCCGGCAAUGGCAGAAUCUAGUAUUCCGAGGUCGCCGCAUGAACGAGGUGGUGUUCAUUCAUACCCGCAUGGACAGUUUGGCUGACCGGUUGCUUUGGGUGAACAGUAAACGAUUUUACCGGCACCUUGAGCUCGAGCUGGGCAACAGUUACGGGCCGACUUUUGAUGAAGUGCUCCAGAAGCUAGACAAGUUUGGGUCCCACAUUGUAACGCUGAAACUGUGGUCACAGGACAAUGUCACGACCGGCCAGCUGCUACGGCUGCUGGCCGAAGUCUCCAAUGUGGAGGAGCUGGCGAUUAGCUGUCUGGCCAUCGCGACGAAAGCAACCGACCGCUACCGAGUCACGGUAGCCUCCCCGACCCUGCCGAAUCUGAAGAACUUGCAACUCAGCGUGGUGACGUCCGAUCUACUAGCCAUCCGAGACGCGCUACAGUUGCCUAGCAACGCGCCGCGGCUCGAGAGUCUAGCCUUGUGCAACGACGCCGGUGGUUUUACGGAUGUUUUGCGACAUUUCAGUGGCCAGCUGAAGCGGCUCGAAAUGAACUCCGCGACGGAGCGCCUUUUUCGGCUGCACUUUCCACGGCUCCAAGAGUUGUCCCUGCGGCCCGAGAAUCGCACCGAGCAGCUUCGGUGGUCAUGUUUCGAGUUUUUUCAAAUGCACCGCACGAUCGAGGAGCUGGCGAUUUUUUGUGCGAUCCCGCGGGACUUGGUACUAACCAUCUCGAGGCAUUGCCGGCGCCUGACGUGUCUGGGCAUUAAUGUGGCCAGCUUCGAGGUCGGUGAGUUGGCGUGCCUGGCGCAGCUCACCAAGCUGAGGCGCCUGGUACUCUUCAAUAAGGUACAAUCGCAUGUGUUUAUCGGAUGUCCACCGAUCGCUACACUCGAUGAGGUGUGCCUUACUGCGAGUACCCCCCAGUUGGGAGUGUUCCUGGGUCUCCACCAGCUUGCGCCCCAGUUGACUUGUCUGGAGCUCAUCGGUGCCAGGCUGGGGGUCUCCGAAGUGCACUUCAUUUGCGAUCAUUUCUCCAAAAUUGACUGCUUGAUACUGGAUGACUGUGAGAUGAAAUGGGAGGCCCUCGAGCGGAUCAACCGAUUGCCACGGCUGCAGGAUCUUCGGUUGAUUGGCUCAAGCUUGCGCUACUACUCAAAGCUUCCCACGAACAAAGUGCGCUUCUUGACGAUAUCACAGUGGAGCAAGUUCACCGAACGCGAGUUGUUUACCAUUCCGGAGUGUUUCCCCAUGCUCAAGAUGUUCAUCUCGAUCGGAUGCUCAAUCAAUGAUCGCGGCGAGGCACUGCUCCGUGAAACGCUUCCAACAUGCUCUAUCAAUAUCACUAGACGCUGACGUCCUAUUUUAAGCCAGCCCAACAUUUUAACCAUUCACUCACCGGCACCGACAACAAACGGCGGGAAUGGGCAGCAUAAUUUUUAACGACCCGCCGCCAGAGAUUAGAAGACCAAGUGGCCAUUAAACAUUAAAAAGUCGGCUUCCAGGCCUCGGUGGAGACCGGCGCAAUCCAGAGCAUUACAAUCGGAAGGACAUUCCGGCGUCGGAAUACGGCACACAAAAUAUGAGCUAAAUUGCGCCCAGCUCGCAAUAGUCCAUUAAAAUGAAUUCCUCCCGCGGGAAGCGAGCAAAAGUUUAGUGGGACGAUUUGAGUGGAGCCCCCGUCGCCCGGGCUGAUGGACAGUUGGUGAAGAGGGCCCAGCGAAAAGUAAGAAACCUUCUCUGCCAAUUGGCGUAAAACGUAUGCACGGCUUUAAAGCGCGUCUCUGGCGCUCGAAACGGGAACACGUGUUUGGUGGCCCCCGAUGUGUUCCGGGACACUCACUCACUAAACGCCGGGAUCGUGGCACUAAAAAUUGACGAUAAAAGUUAACUUUUUCAAUUAAAAUAAAUUGUUGAAUACGUUCCGGGCGGGCGGCGCUGCGCUUUUCGGUACUGGCCGCAGCGGCCGACUGAUGGAAGUGGAAUUGGAAAUGUUAACCAAACGGUAACUUUCGGGCCGCCGGUUCAACUGACGGAGCUAGUUUGCACCGGAUCCGGAUUCAUUUACAUACCCAGCCCGCCCCAUUGUCUGAGCCUGCCUUUGAAUAGCCUUUUUUAGUUACACUGAUGGGCCGUAUGACGGUAAAACCCACACGGGGCGAGUAGUUUAAAGGGAAAAGUUUCUACUGUUACAUAGGUUCUGCAUGUUGGGUGUGUUGAUGGAAAAUAAA